AUGUGGCUCAAUGCUCUACCACAUCAAAGCUUAACCAGGUGGUCUGACAUAGAGACAAAGUUCUUGGCAAGAUUCUUCCCUCUCGCUAAGAUAAAUCAAGCAAAGAGUGAGAUUGUUACAUUCUCUCAGAAGCAAGAUGAACUUCUUUCCGAGGCUUGGGAGAGAUACAAAUCCUUGUUGAGGAGAUGUCCAAGUCAUGGAUUUGAUGACCUUACUCAGGUUAAUAUUUUUCUCGGUGGAUUGCAGCCACGGGUGAAAAUUCUAUUGGAUGCCUCAGCUGGAGGUAGUAUGCGUUUUAAAACACCAGAGGAGGCUAUAGAGUUGAUUGAUGCUAUAGCAGCAAAUGAUUAUGAUUUGCCAGCUGAAAGGGAUUCAAGACAGAAAAGAGGAAUUUUAGAGUUGGGAUCUCAAGAUGCUUUAUUAGCUCAAAAUAAGCUCUUGUGCCAGCACAUUGAAGCUCUUACCAAGCAAGUUGCUCGAAUUCCACAACAACUACAAUCCACUCAGCAUCAAGUUCUAAGUUGUGAUCUUUGUGGGUUGAAUCAUCCUCACGGGCAGUGCAUUGAUACUUUCCCAUCUCAUGGAGAAGAUGUGAAUUACAUGGGGAAUCAAGCUCGACAAGGAGGAAAUUAUUGUGGUAAUUAUGGGAAGAAUUGGCAAUCACACCCUAGCACAGGGUGGAACCAGAAUGAUAUUGCUCAGUCUAGUCGACCUCUUAUGCAAAGGCCCAACUGGUAUGAUAGGCAAUCUAAAUUGGAAGAAACAUUGAAUCAAUUCAUGCAGGUCUCAAUCUCUAACCACAAGAAUAAUGAAGCAUCUAUAAAGAAUUUGGAGAUUCAAAUGGGGCAGCUGGCCAAACAAUUGGCUAAAAAUUCUGGUGGAAAUUUUUCAGCCAAUACUCAUACUAAUCCAAAGGAGAAUUGUAGUGCAAUUACAACAAGAGGUGGUAAGAGAGUGGGUGUGUUGGAGGAUGAGGAAGAGCAGCAAGAAAAAGAGGUAGAAAUGAGAGAGGGAGAUGGAGAAAAUAAUGAAAAAAAAUAA